CUUCCCCUCUCAUCUUCUCAUCUUAUCUGAUCUCUUCAUUCUCUCUCUCGAUUGUUUUCUUCCUCUCCCCCCCAACAUCUUAACAAUCAUCUAACUAUACAAUUGAUAAAAUGAAAACCCUCUACAAAAACGGCACCAUCGUCAGCGGCUCCUCCGCGGAGGACUUCUCCACCUGCAUGCUCGUCGAGGACGACCGCAUCGCGUAUACGGGGAAUGACGUUCACUUGCAUGAAGGGAGUGCUGAUGAGGUGGUCGAUUUACAGGGGAAGAGGGUUUUGCCGGGGUUUAUUGAUGGACACAUGCACCUCCUCCUCUUCGGCGCCUCCCUCUCCAAACUCAGCCUCGAAUCCUGCACCUCCCUCUCCACAAUCCGCUCCACCAUCCUUUCCUACGCGCAAUCCAACCCACACCUCCCGCGCCUCUUCUGCCGCGGCUGGAUGCACUCCAUGACCGACGGACAGGCCCUCUCCUCCAUGCUCGACGACCUCGACCCCCGGCCUAUCUUCAUCGACUCGAAAGACCUGCACUCGGCGUGGUGCAACUCAGCCGCGUUACGCGAACUCGGCGUCCAAGAUACGCCUGACCCCGCGGGGGGAGUGAUCCAUCGUGAUGAGCAGGGAAACCCGUCGGGAUUGUUGAGCGAGGCCGCCGCCGUGGAUAUCGUCUGGCCGCAUGUGGCGAAGGUUGCGUCGAGGGAUGAGAAGGUAGGGUUUGUGAGGGGGGCCGUGGAGGCGUAUAAUAGGGCCGGGUACACGGGGGCGGUCGAGAUGGCGACGGAUGAGAAUCUGUGGGAGACGGUUCUCGCCUAUGUUCAGGAGGAGGAGGAGAGGAAGAAGGGGGCAGGGAAAGGGGGGAUGACGCUGCGCCUGGCCUCGCAUUGGAUUAUCCUGCCGCACGCCGACGAGGCGCGGGUCCUGGCGCAAGUCGACCGCGCGAUCGAGCUGCGUGCGCAGUAUAAUCUAGCCAACAGCCCCGGGCUCCGCAUCGCGGGGAUCAAGGUGAUCUGCGACGGGGUGGUGGAUGCGUGCACGGCGGCGCUGACGCAGCCGUAUGCGAGCAACGGGGCGAACUGCGAGACGCUGUGGGAGGCGGAGAUGCUGGAGAAGGUGGUGCGGAGAGCGGACGAGGCAGGGCUGCAGUGUGCGCUGCAUGCGAUCGGCGAUGCGACGGUGAAGAUGGCGGUGGAUGUGCUGGGCAAGGUCGGGACGAGGGGCCGGCGGCAUCGCAUCGAGCAUCUGGAGGUGACGGCGGCAGAGGACGCGAGGAGGCUGGGGGAGCUGGGGAUCACGGCGUCGGUGCAGCCGGUGCAUGCGGACCCGGCGAUUGUGCGCGCGUGGCCGAAGCUGUUGGGCGAGGAGCGCUGUGGACGGGCGUUUGCGUAUAGGGAGUUUGUGGACGGGGGCGCGAAGCUGGCGAUUGGUACGGAUUCGCCGACGGCGCCGCAUCUGCCGUUGAGGAAUCUGUAUACGGCGACGACGAGACGGUCGGCGCGCGAGCCGGAGAGUGUCGAGGUGUUUAAUCGGCAUCUGGCGCUGUCGUUGAUGGAGGCCGUCAGUGCGGCGACGGCGGGUUCGGCGUAUUCGUGCUUUGCGGAUGGGUUUGCAGGCCGGUUGGGCGAGGGCAUGAAGGCGGAUUUCGUGAUCGUGGAUAUGCAGUGGGAUGCGGAGCGGUUGCUGGAUGCGACGGUGGAGGAGACGUAUUUCGAGGGGAGGAGGGUGUACAAGAGGGAGGAAGUGGUCAAUUAGGGCUUGUAUAGGAUGACCGCCUAGUAUAG